AUGAUUAAUAUUCCCAAAUUCAUCUUCAAGCUUGUGGGCUUUUCGUUCAUUGUAUGGGUUAUUCUCUCUACUGCCGUUCCCCAGCUUUCCCUCAAGUACGAGAGUAAGGAGAUUCAAUCCAACCGCUUCCAAACCACAGCAUACCCAUACAGUUCACUCACGUCACCGAGUCCACAGCCAAUCACAAACAGCAAUGUGUAUUAUAUCAUAGGGCAUCCGGAUGACGAGGUUAUGUUCUUUGCACCGUCACUAUUAGAACUUUCAAAGAAGAAGCACAACAAUCGCGUCCAUUUGAUUUGUUUCUCUAAGGGAGAUGCGGUGGAUCCUUCUUUUGGUGGUAUCAGAUCAGAAGAGCUUAAAAGAUCGGCGAGAAUAUUGGGAAUUCCCGAAUCCAGCGUAACGAUCUUGGAGAAGUACGCAGAUGGGAUGAACGUUCAGUGGGAUACAGUGGAUAUCAGCGCUAGUUUAAAUAAAAUCAUCAAGGAUUCACAGGCAACACUCAUUACCUUCGAUGAACAGGGAGUAUCCAAUCAUCCAAAUCAUAUAUCAUUAUAUCACGGAGCCCGAGACUUCUAUGCCAACGCGCUUAGGAGAAGAUCCGCACAAAAUAAGCUUUACGUGCUUAGGACCCUAAAUUUCUGGGAGAAGUAUUCAUUCACUCUUCUUUCCAAUGUUGAGUUGUUUGUGGACUUGAUCUCGAAGCAUUUUUUGAACAACCUCUUAAAGUUGAACGUGAACGUCAGCUUUUUCAAUCAGGUAUCUCGUGAAAAAGUUCCAUCGAUAAGAUUUUACUCUGACUUGAACAUGCUAAGUGUGUCAUAUGCUGCUAUGGCAUACGGACACUUUUCCCAAAUGGUAUGGUUCCGCUACGGGUGGCUACUAUUUAGUAGGUACCUCACAUAUAACCUUUUAAUACAAGUGAUAUAG